AAAAGGAAAAUCGCAUUGUGCCUUGUAAUCGAAGGUACGCCUUUGUUUCUUCAGCCUCACUCAAAGGCGUCAUCCCUGCCAACCCCCAAAAACCCUAGCCUCCGUUUCCUACCGAGGACCAACAAUCUCAACCAUGGGCCGUGACACGCCGCCAGUUCCGGCAACGCCCGCGACAGCGCCGACAUAUCUGGCACCGGGGUUCAGAUUUCACCCUACAGACGAAGAGUUGGUGAUAUAUUACCUGAAGCGCAAGGUCAGCGGCAAACGCUUCCAAAUCAAUGCCAUAUCCGAGGUCGACAUCUACAAAAGCGAGCCUUGGGACCUCGCAGGUAAGUCGGGGUUGAAGACCAGGGACCAAGAGUGGUACUUUUUUAGUGCAUUGGAUAAGAAGUAUGGCAAUGGGGCGAGAAUGAACAGGGCUACAAGCAAAGGGUACUGGAAGGCGACGGGGAACGACCGGGAAAUCCGUCACGGAUCUAAGAUAGUGGGGCUGAAGAAAACUCUGGUUUUUCAUGUUGGGCGAGCCCCGGUUGGGGUACGGACCAAUUGGGUCAUGCACGAAUAUAGGCUUGUUGAGGAGGAAUUGGAGAAAGCUCGGGUUGGAGUCACGCAGGAUGCCUAUGUGCUGUGUAGAGUAUUCCAUAAGAAUAACAUAGGGCCACCAAAUAGCCAUCGAUAUGCGCCCUUUAUUGAAGAGGAAUGGGAUGAUGGUAUACCAGCUUUUCUUCCGGGCGAAGAGGCCAGGAUUCAAGUGGUAGCUGACCCGGAUUCACAUGCUAAAGAAGCUAGCCAUGAUGCACGUGUCAAAGAAGCUGGCCUUGGUGCAUUUGUUGAAGGGAAUAGCCAUAGUGCAUAUGUUGAUAAUUAUGGUGAGUGUGUUGAGAACCGCCAGGAUUCAUUUGUUGAAGGGAAUAAUUUUGAGCAGGAUACUCGGUCCAUUAAUGAUGCUCCUCCUGGGAGUGCUAAUGAAGUCCCAAGAGAUUCUCAAAUUGCGUCAGUCGACUGCAAGAGUGAGAGAAUUGAUGAUUGUCCUUCACUGUCCAUGGCUAAUCCAAGACCCCCCCUAAUAUAUAAAAGAAGGCGUCAUUGCGAAUCGAACUCUAACCAUUCAAAUGUUUCCGAGACUUCAACUAGGAUUAGUCAAGAUCAUUGUUCAUCAACAACCACCACCGAAGCUACAGCAUUGACCAUGACGACAAGUACCACCAUGACCACAGCAGCUCCUAGAAAUUUUCUCUCUGCACUGGUGGAAUAUUCUCUAUUAGAAUCCAUCGAUCCCAAAGAUAGUCUUUCGGUUUCUCCUCCAUUUGAUCCUGCUAAUCUUGGUUCAUCUGUACCUCCUAGUUGCCUGAAAUUCAUACAAGAAUUGCAAAAUGAGCUCCAUAAAAUUUCAGUAGAGAGGGAGACAUUGAAGUUUGAAACGAUGAGUGCCCAAACCAUGAUUCGCAUUCUUCAAUCUCGAAUCGAGCAUUUGAACAAGGAAAAUGAGGAUUUGAGGAAGAGUAUCGGAGAUGCAAGUGAGCCGUAGUGUGCAUGUAGUGUCAUCUGUUGUUUUAUUGUAUGUCGAUGAAACUUCCGAGGUGCCCUCGUGUCUCAUUGUGAGAUGUAUGUAUUCUUUUCUGGGUAAGUUUAUUGAACUUUUGUUUGUAAGGCCUCGUUUGGUUAUGUAGUUCAGAUGAGAUGAGAUGAGAUGA